AUGACACAACGCGUGGCAUUCAUCACUGGAGGAAGUGGUGGCAUUGGACAAGCCACCGCUCACAAACUUGCAAGCCGUGGCAUAUGGGUUGUGAUAACUGAUAUGGACGAAAAAGAAGGCACCAAGGUGGCGGACGAGGUGGCCAAGAAGUGGAAUGUCAAGACCAAGUUCAUCAAGCUCGAUGUCACUCAGGAACAACAGGUCAAAGACGCCAUAGCCUCGGCGUUGGAGUGGACUGGUCGUCUUGACUAUGCGGCCAACUGUGCAGGAAUAUGCGAAUCCAUCUGGGCUGAAGAGGAAAGCAUCAGUGUCGAGCUUUUUGAUAGAACGCACGCCAUCAACACCAAGGGCCUGUGGUUGUGCCAAAAACACCAGGCGUUACAAAUGAGGUCUCAGGAGCCUCGUCCCAUCUCAUUUGAACCAUCACCCCAACACACUAUCCCCGGACAACGUGGUGCCAUUGUCAAUGUCGUCUCCAUUUCCGGGCUCCAGGCUGCUGGUUUGGCUGCAUACACGCCCUCGAAAUAUGCAGCUAUCGGAGUGACGAAAAAUGGAGCGAAAUUCUACGGACCAGAUGGAAUCCGAGUCAAUGCCGUGUGUCCCGGCUGGACUUUGACCAAGAUGAUCGAGAAGUCGAUGGGCGCCGAAGGGACUAUUGGGGCAAAGGAGAACGAAGAGUCACCAGUCAGUAAAGCCAUUGCCUUGCGAAGAAUGGCAUUUGCUCAGGAGCAAGCAAAUGUCGUGAGCUUUCUGUUGAGUGACGAGAGCAGCUAUAUGAAUGGAUCGCUGGUAGUGAAUGACGGAGGCUUCCACGACAUCCGGUGA